AGCAGGAGACACACGGGAGAGCAUCACCAUGAACAUGUUAACCCCUUUACUUCUCUCUCUUCUGAUCUGCUUUUUGCCUCUCAUGUCAGCGACGGUUGUCCUAGAUUUUAAUCACAUAGAGAGAUGCAAGGACUCCCUGUACAUGGGCACGCCGCCCCGGGGCUUCAUGGACGUCAGACUGAAGAGGAUCUGCCAGCGCUACGCAGACAAACCUCGCUACGUGACCCUGUAUGACCCCCAAAAGAGGAUCCCAGUGUACUCAGCCUACACCUUCAAGAAGACGGAGGGGGACAGACGUGUGGAUUACCCCUGGAUGUAUGAGCCACAGCUGGCAGAAAUCGAUGGGAAUGGAAACAUGCUGCCCUUCCCCACCGGCUACCUGCACAUGAAGUUUGAGGACAGCCAGGCAGUCCUGGACGACUACUCUGACGUGGUCCUGUACGAGAGGGGCCACCUGAACCCAGACCAGCACCAGUCCACCCCGCACGACCGCGCCGCCACUUACACUCUGACCAACGUGGUCCCGGAGAUCCGCGAGUUCAACAUCGGGCCUUGGCGCGAGUACGAGGAGCGGAUCCGGGUCCGCCUCAACAACUUCUGCCGCGGCACGGCCUUCAUCGUCACCGGCGUGACCACCAGGGGCAACAUGAUCCGUCGCAACAACCAGGACCGCGUGGCCAUCCCCGAGGACGUGUGGUCCGCGUACUGCUGCACCGACUACGACCGCAACGCGCCGCACGACGUCCGCAUCCGCUUCCCGUCGCACGCAGCCAUGGCCAAGAACGCCAAAGAGGGCAACAGCGUGCACGAGAUGCCGGUCCAGGAGCUCGAGAUCCUUCUGAAAAACAGCAUGGAUGUUGACCAGAACCUUCAGAUCUUCUAUGACAACUGCAUCUCUCCAUCACCCCUUCCUCUUUACCUGCAGCAUACCAUCUGAGAGCACGUGGCCCCCUUCUUACUGUAGUUAACUGGGAUCAUGGUAGAAAUGUGUGUUUCUUCCCCUCAGGAGUGAUGAAAGAUCUCAUAAUUCUCUGCAAUGUUCCAGCUCCAAACAGGUGUGCCAGAUGAAAUUACAUUUAUUUACAUUACAUUGAUUUACUGGGAGGUUCU